AUGAAUGGUGUAGAACCGAAAACGUGCACUCUAUUCCCUAGGUUAGGUCAUAUCCCUAUAGAUUCAAAUAUAAUUAAACCUAUACAUGCGGCAAUUCUAUCAAAUUGGAUUUAUCGUAAAGACACAAAAUCAUUUAAAACCGGUGAUUCUUUUAUAUUCACUUUGGGGGAUGGUGAAAAUUUUCAUAAAAUUAAAUUGAGUAGAGUCAGUAUACCUGUAGCUGCCAUUUACGAACAUCAAAGCGGUGGGUUGAAUUUUGGUGGUGGAGAUUUGAAUGUGAAUGAUCGUAUUGUCUCUUGUCAAAAAAGUAUGCAAUCUUAUGAACAUAGAAUUUUAGAUAUUGAUAAUUAUCUAGCUGAUGAAUUUGAAGUAUUUUCCAUCACGACAAAUUUCAUAUAA